AUUGACGGGGAAUGCAUCUAUGCCGUAGAUGAGACGGGAUUCCAAGCGGGUGAGGGUAGAACAGAACGGGUUAUUGGUGCUGCUGGCACCUACCAUCAGCAUCAGCAGCGCAGCGGUGGACGGGAGAAUAUGACAGUGAUUGUCACAAUCUGUGCCGAUGGCACCGCAGGUCCACCCGCCGUCAUCUUCAAAGGCAAAGCAUAUCAUAUUGGGUAUGCUAAGAAAGGGUGGACGACAGGCGAGAUUGGUCGUCUGUGGAUCGAAGGUUUUGACAACGAUACACGGGACAAAGCAAAUGGACGCACUCGUCUUCUCCUCGUUGAUGGGCACAACUCGCACUACACCCGUGACUUCCUUGAAUAUGCCCGUGAAGCCGGAAUUGUCAUCCUCUGCUAUCCAUCCCAUACCACCCACGUAUACCAGGGACUCGACGUCGUGAUUUUCAGCCCCCUGAAACGUUAUUGGUCACAGGAGCGAGAUGCCUACGAACGUGAACAUGGUGCCAUCAUAUCCAAGGAGAAUUUCCUUGCUGUCUACAGUGCUGCGCAUGCGCGCGCCAUGACUCCAAGCAACAUCCAGAUGGCAUUUCAGAAGACCGGAGUAUGGCCUUACAAUCCAGAUAUAAUAUCAAAGAAGGCCAUGGCACCGGCCAAAGAAACAUCACGGCGGGCUCACAUACCUGUGCCGCCGCCGACCCCGGUCCGC